AUGGCCAAGCUAAACUACAAAUUCAAUCCUAUUAGCUUUGAAGACAUUGACACCAAGGACUUGUCCUUGAAGGACUAUUUACAAGUUGUCCCUGUAUACUUGCCACAUACUGCUGGUAGAUACCAAGCCAAACGAUUCAGGAAGGCUCAAUGUCCAAUCGUGGAACGUUUGACCAACUCCCUUAUGAUGCAUGGUCGUAACAAUGGAAAAAAGUUAAUGGCUACUCGUAUCGUCAAGCACUCUUUCGAAAUCAUCCACUUGUUGACCGACGCAAACCCAAUCCAAGUCCUCGUCGAUGCCAUCAUCAACACUGGUCCUCGUGAAGAUUCCACACGUAUUGGUUCUGCUGGUACAGUCCGUCGUCAAGCUGUAGAUGUAUCUCCAUUACGUCGUGUAAACCAGUCCAUCUGGUUGCUGACAACGGGUGCUCGUGAAGCUGCCUUCAGAAACGUCAAGACUAUUGCUGAAUGUCUGGCUGAUGAAUUGAUCAACGCUUCCAAGGGUUCAGCGAACUCGUAUGCCAUCAAAAAGAAGGAUGAAUUGGAGCGUGUCGCCAAGUCCAACAGAUAA